AUGGCCGGUGGAGGAGACGAGAUGAAGCUUCUGAGCACUUGGUUCAGUCCUUUCGGAUCUAGAGUGAAGCUCGCGCUCCACCUCAAGGGCCUGAGCUACGAGUACGUGGAGGAGGACCUCACCAACAAGAGCCAGCUCCUCCUCGAGAGCAACCCCGUCCACAAGAAGGUCCCCGUGCUAUUUCACAAGGGCAAGGCCCUGUGCGAGUCCAUGGUCAUCGUCGACUACAUUGAGGAGGCAUUCGCCGACGCUGGACGACCGCCGCUCCUCCCCUCUGACCUCUACGAACGUGCCAUCGCUCGCUGGUGGAGCCCUGGUUCAAGAUGCCCGACGGCACCAGGACACGAGCGGAGAUGGGCGAGGGGUGAAGCAGAUGCUCGCGGCGGUGGCGACCUUGGAGGGCGCACUGGCGCAGUGCUCCAAGGGGAAGCCCUUCUUCGGCGGCGACAGCGUCGGUACGUGGACGUCGCGCUGGGCGGCCUCCUCGAUGUGGGUGCGCGCGUCCGAGGUACUGCUCGGCGUCAAGUUCCUCGACGCCGCCAGGACCCCGCUCCUGGCGGCCUGGGCCAACGCUUCGCCUCGCUUGACGCGGCCAAGACGGCCCUGCCGGACUUCGGCAGGGUGAUCAAGCACGCCAUGAUGAGGCGGGGCGCGGCGGCAGCCGCCCUGGCGCCGAAUAACUGA